AUGACAUUGCAUCCCGUUAAUAUUGCCAUGGCUGACUCGCUCAUGUCGCCUCAAGAGGUGGCAACAUGUCUCCUGGAUCAGCGCAACCCGGCUCACAACAUUGCUGCCCUGGAACAUCGCCAGCGGCUCAUCAGGACCUGGGGGAUCCCCCUCGGCUCCAACAUUCUCGAGAUUGGCCCUGGCCAAGGCGAUUUUACCGUUGCUCUGGCCGACGCUGUAGGGCCGGCGGGGCGUAUUGUUGCCAUUGACAAUUGCCCUCCAGGCUAUGGCACUCCGCCCGUGGAGGAGGCACAAGCAUUCAUACUCGCCUCGCAUCUGGGCCCGAGAAUCGAAUUCGUCCGCGGCGACCCCAUCGAAUAUCUCUCUUCGCGCACGGAACCCACAGCAGCAGCCAGCCCGAAGAAAUUCGACUUCAUUGUGUUCUGCCACUGUGUCUGGUACUUCUCCAAACCACACUACCUGGCCCAACUGCUCCGUGUUGCCCCCCCCUGGGCCGGCACGGCGCUGGUGGCCGAGUGGAGCCUCUCCACGUCGCUCCCGGAGGCCUUCCCUCACGUACUCUCCGCCCUUCUUAACAAUACGCUCGAGAGCCUACAGAGCGACAGCUCGCUGCGUAACAUUAGGACGGCGCAGACUCCGCCGCAGAUCAUUCAGGCUGCCGAGAGCGCGGGGUGGGCGUUGAGAAUGGAGCAGGUUAUCCCUCCAGCGCCGGGGCAGCUGGAUGGGCGCAGGGAGGCCCGGAUGGUGAUCGCGUCGGAGUAUUUCAAGUCAGAUCUGGAGGCCGUGCAGGUGAAUGAGGGCGUCAGGCAAAUGCUGUAUGCUAUGCGGGAUGCUGUCGCCGCUAGCGUGGCACGGCUCGACGGGGGUAUCGAUGCUGUGAGGGCUAUGGAUGUUUGGCUCGCGCGAUUUGAACUGAGCGAAUAG